AUGGCGGCUCCUCAACUCGGAUGUGUUUUGCUUUUGGAAACUCAACUCAAAGGUUGGCAAAAGACAUUACAUAAAAUAUUUGAAGGCAUUGGAGGUUUAGGGUGCUCCAUCGAUGCACCCGACUGGUGGUCACAUAGCGAAGCUAAUCCUAUGAUGUCCACUAAGAAGUUGAUGUAUUUACGUGGCGAAGUUGAUCCUGUGGUCUUCAUUAAAAAGUUAUUUAAAGCGAAGAGUUACGCUAUGCUCUACAGGAUUGAUUAUGGUUAUGAAGAGAAUCCAGAAGGCAUCCGGAAGCCUAAUAAUCAUUUUCUGAAAUUUAGAUUCGAGAUAGAUAUGUUAGAAGGAAGUUGGUACAAGAAAAUCAUAGGAGCUUUAAAGACCAUCCAAGGUGUAUCAUUUACCAUAGAUGCACCAAGUCAGAUGGUAUAUAUGUGUGGGAACAUUGAAGAAGGUUUGCUCCUGAAGAUGUUAACGAAGACGGGCAUUCAAAUAUUGGGAAUGGACUAUGGUAAUUUGAAGCCACCUCCCAAGAAAGCUGAGGCUCAAAUAUCAGAUGGAACCGAGACACAACCCAAGAAAGACACAGAACCUCCUCCUCCUACUGAGACUGUUCAGAUGAGGAGUUAUUAG